UGGCCUGCACCACUCCCCUUAACAAUCCCGUGUUUGCUGAUGCCUUGUGUGAUCGCUUAGCCCCCCCCACCCCCCACCCCCCCCCCCCCACUUGCCAGUCGAAUCCCAGCACACACGCCCCACUGCCUGUAGCACAGUGAGCGCCACGUCGGAGUAACGCUCAGCAGCCGUCGAACCCGAGCACGCAUGCCCCAGUGCCGACAGCAGAGAAGCCGCUUCAGGAUAACGCGCGUGUCCAGCCCCCGGCGCGUCUCCCGCUGCUGCAUGUGCAGUGUGUGCGCCGCAGACGCGGCCCGUCUGCAGCAGCUGCCACAGAGUGGCCCAGUUUGCGACGGUCCCGUUUUGUCUGCAGUAGAAAAGUCAGUGAAUCGGGCAUAAAACUAAAAUCCCCAUUAAUUUCAAUUAAUUUGUCUGAAUUUCCAGGUAAUUUUAAAUUGCAGCCUGCAUAUGAUCAUUCUUAGUAACGCUAAUGAAAUUUUAACUUUCUUUUUUUGAGGUGUGAGAGAAAAAAAUCUGAUUUUAAGCUAAAAGCUUAUUCCUCAAUAUCAAAACAUGCUAUUGGUAUCAACAGCCAGGACACGAGUGUUGUGCCUUGUUGAUUUGAGCCUUCACUGUAUGCUUAAUUACUCCUGAAUGUCUUAAUUAAAAUUAAAUACAGUUUUGUAGGUAUUGUUAGGCAACGUGUUAAAGCCUAAAAUCCAUCCGUUUGUCCGUUUCCCUUUUUAGCGUUGUCAAAGAGGUCAAUUGGAAACACCGGAGAAAUUGAAGUCUAAGCACUAAGUGUUGUUAAUGAUACUAACCGAAGACAUGGGGCUAGCGAGAAAAUUUCCAACUUCUUCCGGUCAAAUACUGUUCUUUAAAGAAAAGUGUUUCAACAACCUGAUUUCAAUUAAUGAAACAAAACUCAAGGUUGUCCGAUCCGCAAGUAGGCUAAAUGACUGGUGGGCGUGGUGGAACCGGGCUGGCCACACUCUUGACAGGACGAUUUGCGUAUGGAUUAAUUCACCGAUUCAUCUUAAUUCUUCUGGUCCGAAGAGUAACACGGGUAAAGGCGCAACCAGCCCGAUGUCUCACCUGGUUUCUUUUUAUCGUAACUCGUCUGUGGUUUGAUCGCGUGCUGGACUGUGUCGGGUUUUGAACGUGUAAGACGUUUGUAGGCGGGCUAACCGCUCAUAUCAUCAUACCAGUAUUGUCCAUCUACUACUUGGCGAAAAAAUAUUUUCGAAUAAUUCCGUGGGUUGCAGUGACCUGCCAACGGCGACUCGACUUCCUCCUCAGUUUUAACAACCUUAAAACGAUUUACUCGUUUACAGAAAAAAAACACGUCUUUGUCAACUACGCAGUUCUGCGCGCACCAGUGUGUGUAUAUCAUUAUUUUUUUCUCUGCGUUAGUUUGUUGGCCGAGGACAACGUUCUCCUUUACUGUACGUACCUUAAUGGUCAGAUCUGGUUUGGUGCAGGGAGGGGGAGGGAUCUUUCAGUGGAAGGAAAAAAAGGUUAGGCCUGCUUUACAGCACCGACCAACGACGGUGAACAACACCGAGUCGUCACUUUCCUUUAGUAUCUUACUCGUAACCCUUUUAAAUUGUUAUUUUAUGCGUGGAUUCAUCACAUACCCCCCCCCCAUGUCUUCUGUUGUUUCCCUGGCAAUCGGCAUUUCUGCGCUUUUCUUUUUCUGUUGGCCUUUGUAUACGUAUCGUUUCCUUAAUCGUUCAUACAAAAAAUUACUUUUUAAAACAUAGAGUGAUUACUUUUUCAUAUUUUUAAACUAUUUUCAACAACAUGACUUUCUUUCCGAUGCAGGUACGGUGAUGGUGUAGUCUGUCGUACUGAUCGGGAAAAAUGGUGUAACUCUGCCUUUUCAGUCUUAAUUUACCUGUACAAUUUGGCGGAGACCUUUAGGACGCAGUGUACGUUAAAUUAAAAAAAAUACAAAAAGUAAUAUUUUGCAACAUAUGUAUCAUUCCAAUAAAGUUUUACUUGUUAAAAUUCAAAUGUGUGUGCAGGGUUUGUGUGCAAAUGUGCAUCGUGUAUGUUUUCCCCAUCUUAUAUUGAUAUAUUAAGUGUAUCAAAAGAUAAUUUUGUUCGAAUUGAUGUCACCUUGCACGAUAAAUAUUAGCCUAUAGUCGUUUUCCAUUUUUCUGCUAACUUUGCUAUACCACCUUAAAUGGUCUCGUGUCGUAUCGUAUCUCCAACACUCCACCUUAAGCGCGUAAUGUGGGCAACGCAGGCGUACAGUGGGGCUUCCGCUUCAUUCCAGCCGAACUCGAACCGCCGAUAGGAGCCCCAGUGUCACUUCAGAAACGACCAUUUUUAGGCACUCGUCCAAACUAAACCGAGUAUACCCACCAGCAUGUCCGAACCUAUGUAUCGUGACUGGAUUUUGGAGACUAUAGACUCACUUCGCUCACGAAAAGCCAGACCGGACCUUGAAAGAAUAUGUCGAAUGGUCCGUAGGCGACACGGGUCAGAUCCAGAGCGCACCCGUUCAGAAUUGGAAAAACUGAUCCAGGAACAAACAGUGUUGAAAGUUAGCUAUAAAGGCUCAAUUUCCUAUCGUAACGCGGCUAAAGUACAAAGAAAAAGCCGAAAGAAAACAGAACAGCCGACUGGUUUUGUGAAGAACCAAUCCAAAACUACUAUUUUCAACAACGGCGACAGUGCGCACAGUUCCACAGAUCAGGGAGAAGAGACUGGGGAUGCGGAGAUAACGAAUGCGAUACUGUGCCGUGACCCCGAGACUGCCCCCCUACCCGUCGCUGAAGCCGCCCUGGUUCCGAAUAGCGGGAACAGUUGUAUUAGCGGUGGCACGGUGGUUUGUCGGAGUCAGGUUCAUUGUGCAACAGGGAGCGACGGUGAGAGGACAAAUUCGCCGAAAGAAAAACUGCCACAGACUGGAGGCAGCAGUACCUCGCCCGACAGGGAUAAAAGCACCAUCCACAAUAAUGGAAGCGGCGCUUCUGGUAUGAACAGGAGGGCUCGCGAAGUGGAACGCGGUUUGCCUGAGCUCGAGCGCUCAAGCACAAACCUGCAAAAUAAAACUUGCACCAGUGCAAAUACCAGCGGCUACCUGCGGCAGAAGCCGCACGCGCCGAUCAAGGUAAAACCCAGUGCGGGGGCAACGAGAAACGAGGGCGAAUUUGACCAGAGCAUUUCAGAUCUCGGCGACAGGUUGGUGAAUUCUGUACGAAGCCUGGUGCGGAGGAGCCGGGGCGUCGCUGCAUUAAAAGGGCACGCGCCACUGAGUCUGAAGGAGAUACUGGGCUUUCUAAGCUCCCAAGAGCGUCUGUCUCAGGAAAAGCUGACCCGGAGCAAAGUCAAGGUGGUUCUGGAGAGAGAGGUUGCCAGGGGUCGGCUCCGCCGGACACGGUUCGGAAACAUUACUCUGCCUGUCCGUGGAGUGGUGGGGAAGUCGCACGCGCGACUCCUGCAGAGCGCCGUGCAGGACAGACAAACCGCGAAAAAGGCGACGACGGGGGCGGUAGCCAUGGAGACGGAGAGCAGUGAGGUUAGCGGUCCGGAAAGGCCGGCCUGCGGUUCACUGUCUGCCGGAGAGAGGGACACUGGAGCUUGUGGGAGUACGGUUCCUCUCUGCCAGAGAGGGGGGGAGACGGAGGACCGUGGCGGGGUCAGGGAGAGACCGAAUAUCCCCGGGCCCAUCGCCACCACUGUCGUCCCGGGUUCACUUACCCCUCCCGACUGUCCCAGCGAGCCCAAAAUGGAGCCCAUCCCCUCCUCCAGCUGCAUCGGCCCACAGCAGGAAGUGUGCAACACUGAAAGGAGUCCCACUGCACACAGAUGCCUACAGGGAGAUGCAGUCCCACAGGUGCGGGCGCUCUGUCCGUCUGUCCAGAGGGAAACGGCAAACGGACAUGAGGAACUCCGGGUAGAGGAGAGCGCCGUUACCCCUGACCAGCUGAUCUGCGACCGCUCAAGCACACAGGGGGAAGUGAUGACAUUGACAGAAGGAGGGGAACGGGUUACAUCAGUUCCUCCUGAUGCCUGUAUGGGGUGUAAGAUUGAGGUGGGCGUGGCCUCCUGUUUGCUGACCCCCACUGCCUCCCCCAGGGACAACGGCAUGGUGGAAGAAGGAGGGAUGAAAAGAGGAGUCUUUGUGAAGACGGAGAAGGCUGCGCAGAGCCCGCUGGAGUGGAGCGUGUCUGACGUGGCGAGUUACUUCAUCGCGGCUGGCUUUCCCGAACAGGCUGCCGCGUUCAGAGUACAGGAAAUUGAUGGGAAAUCCCUCCUCCUGAUGCAGCGGAAUGAUGUGCUGACCGGCCUGUCAAUAAGGCUUGGCCCCGCCCUCAAGAUCUACGAGCACCACGUGAAGAUGCUGCAGAAGGCCCAUUUUGAGGACGACAGUGCUUUCUGCUGAUUGGACGUCCAGCAGCCCCUGCCGUCCCCGCGUGGACACACACACACACACACACACACACACACACACACCUCUGAUAGCUGACCCGCACGCCUCUCUUUGCCUCGCGUGCCUGACUGCAGCACGCUGAGCUGCGUUAAGCACGCACGGACCGGCCAUAAUUGCAGUUGGGGUGUCGUUCUCGUCGCUCUCUCGUUCCUUCGCGUGAUGGGAACUUCCCGCUGCGCGUCGGUUGAGCAGGUCAGGACGCUAUUUGUGGUUGCGCAGCCUUUUUUUUUUGCAUACAUUGCCUCAGUUUGACGCAGAGCUGUUGCCUGGCGCGCUGCUGGGCUGUACGCACGGUUGCCGCGUGAGGCCGCGUCACGUCUCUUUGGGUCACGCCCCCGCGCCGCCCCGCGUCUCCCGGGGCAGACCUCCGUGGUGGACUGGAACAUGUCCGCAGGGACGUCGUGACAUGCCCCUCCUAACUCUUCUCUGCUUCGCUGUUGUGGUUCCACUGCUGCCUCCCUCCCUCAUAGGCAGUGAUAGCCACUCUCUCCACCUCUCUCUCUCUCUCUCUCUCCUCCCCUCCCCCCCCCUCUCCCUCCCUCCCUCUCUCUCUCCUCCCCUCCCUCUCCCUCCCUCAUCUGGAGUCCCCAAGAGCCAUGAAUCCCAUUAUUUAAAUUUGAGAAUUCCCUGCUGCCUCUCUAAAGUAUGAUGAGUGAAAACACAUUCACAAUCAUCAUUUUUU